AUGAAGAUACAACUCUCCCCAUCCUUGAUCUUUCUUCUCCUUCCCGCUCUGGCAACUGCGGUGGCAGACCUCAAACCAAGUGCCCUCUCCAGCGCGUCAUCCGAUUUGAACUCCCGCUAUGUUGAACCCGAGUCGAUCGCGUCCACCAAUACUGUCAAAGGGUCGCUGGACGCCCCGGUAGACGGCAAGGAUGGCAGGCCACAUGCCGGCCCGUGGGUGGAAACCAAUGCGGAGCGGGAUCGCAAGAGCAACAAAGGCAGUGACGAUAUAGAUCUGGUCUCAACGAAGUACGACCUCAAAAUAACUUCGUCGGAGCACCUCGGCACUGGAGAGGGGCAAAUCAUCCCGCACUCCAACGGUGGUGUGAUGGAUGAUCCAGAUCGGGCUGGCCCCAAAGCAGGCACUAGAGGCACCGAGGGAGGUGUAUCGGAGAAGGGGAAGGACAGCCACUUCAAUGCCGAGAAAGUGCCUGGAAGUCCCAAGGAGGCUCCUCCUUUGCCGCAUAGCGAGAAGCAGAAACAGCCUGAUAGUGAUGCGAUCGUGGGAAGUGGCGGUCGCACCGCCGAUGAUGCUGGAACACUUGGAAUGCUGGAGAAACCGGCCGAUCUCCCUUCCAAGCCCCACGAUAUCCCCCACCCCAAGUCCCCCUCUCAAGCUAAGGAUGAUCCUCUAGCUAUAGAGCAUGACUCUGCUGGCUCGGGGUCAUACUCCGGCUCAUCUACCUACGACAAAACAUCGACUCAAGUCCCCUCGGAUGACGGCGAUGGUUUGCACUCUCUGAUCUUUGCGUUCACCAUGAUCAUCGUCUCCGAGAUUGGCGACAAGACCUUCCUUGUCGCGGCACUCAUGGCGAUGAGACACCCCCGAUUGGUUGUGUUCUCCUCUGCCUUCUGUGCUUUGUUUGUCAUGACUGUUCUGUCCGCUGUUCUCGGCCACGCCGUUCCUACUCUGAUCCCGAAGUCGCUCACGAAACUGAUGGCGGCUGUCCUUUUCCUGGUUUUCGGCGUGAAGAUGUUGAAGGAAGGUCGUGAGAUGUCCCCGGAUGAGGGUGUUGGAGAGGAAAUGCGCGAGGUCGAGAUGGAGCUAGAGGAGAAGGAGCAGGAGCAGCGACGUAUGGGCCGUCGUCGCUCCUCGAUUACUCCGCACUCCCUCGAGGCCGGCCGUGCUGGCGGCCGCCCCAAGUCGCGCGGCUCUACUAACCGCCUGCCUUCCCCUCCGGAAAGUAUCUCCUCGUCUUCCUCGCGUGGCUCGUCGCCCCACCCUCGCCAGCGUUUGAACAACAUGAUGGUUGGUGUUAGCAAUCUCUUCUCUCUUCUCCUCAGCCCAGCAUGGGUACAGACAUUUGUCAUGACCUUCCUCGGCGAAUGGGGUGACCGUAGCCAGAUCGCCACUAUCGCCAUGGCUGCUGGCCAAGACUACUGGUGGGUGACCGUUGGCGCGAUUACCGGCCAUGCCAUUUGCACGGCCGCGGCUGUCAUCGGUGGCCGAGCUAUCGCCGGCCGUGUCAGCAUGCGUGUCGGUAAGUUCUCAAAUGAGUGUCCUGUUUUGUUUCUCCGAAAUUCUAACCCUUAUAACACAGUGACUCUUGGCGGUGCCACGGCUUUCCUCAUCUUCGGCAUUAUUUACUUCAUAGAGGCUAUGUACUAA